AGCAUGGUACUUUAUGUAUGGAUUCUAUUGUUGUCGAGAUUAUUUCAAGAGUGCUUGGGUUUUCAUGUCUGGAAAAUCGUCCCCCGGCUUCAAGAUGGAGGGAUAGCGGAAAUGCCGGCGCAGUCCUUCAUCGGAAGUACCCCUUCUUUGUGCGCAUUGGAAUGCCAGAUGAGAUCAUCAUGUCAAUUUUUCCGUUAUAACUCGAACACAUCAGAGUGCGACUUGUAUGACGGAAAAAGAUUUAAAAGAACCUCCUACGUUCACCAUAACCAAUUCUAUCAGAAGAUGCCAGAUCAUUGUGUGACAGGGCGCGACGAAUGGUUCCCCGAGUAUCACACUUGCAUUUGGAUUCCGACCCACGCGUCUCUAUACGAAGAGGCAAAAUAUCUAUGCGAAUCAGCAGGGAAAAUCAUGUUAGGUAUCAACAACUUUUCACAGGUCUUGGAUCUGAUGGAUCUUUUGAAUACUAAAUACAUUCAAGUAUACUCUCAACACGUUGGAUUCAAAAGUUAUGCUUUGGAUGACGGAACUCCGAUUACAUCCACACGUCCGCCGUGGUGUCCGUGGCAGCCAGCGGAAGACUGGGACUGUUUAGGGGUUCAAAACGAACCAGGAAGCUGGUGUCCCUACGCCGGACUUGAUGAUUUCCCAUGUACCGAUCCUAGACCGUUCUUCUGUGUGUAGACAAACCAAAUUCGCGUCAUGGAUGUACAAACACAAACUUCAGAAAAUUCAGAGGGCUAGGCGUUUGUGGCAAUUUUCGGACGAUAAUAAUCCCCUUGAGGUUAAGAGCUAUGUUAAAGGAUGUAGGAAAAUUUUCAGAUUUUAAAGUUGAAAUAUUUUGGGUUUUUUCACUUAUUGAUAGGUUAUCCUCGCAGCUAUAAACGUAAUAUUUAAAAUUUCAUACAAUAAUCUAUUGCCAAACAGUCUCAAAAGUUCAAAGAUCAAGCUCUGUAUGAAUAGGUUUGACCGUUUUUAAGUUAAUAAAACCCCAUCUACAUUUUCUCUACACACACGCCGUGGAAGUAGGCGGCAUGAAUUGUUUAGAAAGGACUAUAUUUACCCAUGAUUUGAGUACCCAUGUACAUAUGACCAACACAUCAUCAAGCAUUUGAUACAUAUUUUAAAAGAAUGACAAGAAUAAUCCAAAAGUUGUACAACAUCAUAGAAAAUUAGCUCUCUUGGGCUGAAUAAUUGAAUAUCAGAAGAACGACCACAUCUUGUCAUAAAAAGUCCUGUAACGGAACAAGAUUUUUUAUUUAAGAAAUAAGUUGAUUACCAGAGGCGGGGCUAAGACCUAUUUUCGGUUACUUUAUAUGAAUUAAAUACAGAAUCAACUUUUGAAUAGGCAAUCAUCAACUUUACUAUGUGAAUUAAAGGAUUCACCUUGAAUUUUAAAGGGGAUAUUCCGGACAUCUAAUACCCUUUGUAGAUCAUGACAGCUGAUGUAUAUGUAUGUUAGAGCUUUAAGACUUGUUCGAUUGGAAGUAGGUCAACGUGACCCACAUCUGGUACUUUAUUGUACUUUAUUUAUUCAUGUAGCAUAUGCUUGGGAUCAUCAAACUUUGUUAGAUGUUGCAUCUCAUGAUAGUUUUACUAUAGUCAUCGUGACAUGCUUUUAUCAUAAUACUUUAUAAUCCAUUUUUAUAACAUCGCUACGUAAGCGACCAUGGCCUUCUUUUAACAUGUUUUUACUUUAUCAAAAAUCUUGGACUAUUUGAAAAAUAUAAUUCAGUUCUACAAUUUAUUAGAGGAGCUUUUCUACACCCCAAUGUCUGUUGUUCUUUGCUGUCUUACCCAAAAAGUCGUUUGGCUGGAAAAUACCAUUUACAAGC